CACUUUUAAAUGGCAGAUGUUUUUGAUAAGCAUCAUAUUUUAGGUUAGUAGUUCACGCGGACAUCUGAGGGGGGUCAAAAAGGGAAUAAACUCCCCUGCAGGUAGUGAGGACGCGCAGCUCUGCGUCACGUGUAGCAGCUCUUUGUAAAGGUUAACGCGGCUGUGCAGCUCUCCGGGUUAACCUCUUAGUUUGCUAUCUGCAAUCUGAAGGACAAGUCGCAUGAUCCAGAGCGCACCGAAAACAUUCGUGUUGGAUACUCGCGUAGAGAUUUCCUUUUUACGUGUAUUUGUCUUUUCCUUAACGGCAUCGGCUCGGACUUGAAAAGGGCCACGAAAUAGAGGGAAAAUAAAAGGAUGCAGCACGCCGUUGCCAGCCUUUCAUCCUGCAGUUAACUGAAGAGAGACAGACCGCGAGAACAAGGUUCCCCAAGAGCCUGAGACAGGCUGACCUACUUCCUGCUGUUUACGUGGGGAUCCAGGACACCUCUCCGCCGGCUCAGCUCUGACAAACCAUCAGCGGCAGAGCUAGAGGGAAAAAAGUCUGAUCUGAGUUACUAAACACUGAACCACAAAAGAAUAAAUGAGGGCGACUGAUGCCGAAUUCAAGCUUUGCUCUCUUUUUGGCCACUUUGGACACUUGAUUCACCUUUCACCUUUACACUGAAACUGCAAUAAGCAGGAACUUUGUGAGCGCCAUCCUCUUUUUGACCUGUGACCAGGUUCCUUCCUGAAAAAACUGGCUGCUAAGAGACAAAAAUGGAAAAUCUAUCCUCAGCCCUGAAAACGUUAAACAAAAGCUCAGAGAACAGCAACUGCGGCGAGACCUUCAGCAGUUAUGAGGAGUCUCUUCCUUCUGCCGAAGGGAGUCCGAGUCGCAUGGGCCGCCUCGCUAAGCCCAAACCGGGCAUGAGCUGCAGGCGGAAGCGCGAGUUCAUUUCGGACGAGAAGAAAGACGCCUGCUAUUGGGAGAAACGGCGCAAGAACAACGAGGCCGCCAAGCGUUCCAGGGAGAAACGCCGUCUCAACGACAUGGUCCUGGAGAACCGCGUCAUGGCCCUGAAUGACGAGAAUGUGAGGCUCAAGACGGAGCUGCUGCAGCUGAAGCUGCGCUUCGGCCUCAUCAGCACCGCCUCGUACAUCGAGAAGAGUCAGCAAAUGAGCGGGAGCAUCAACGCGGAAAACGGGGGCUCGUCCUCCUGCUCGGCCCAGUACUACUCAAGCGGUUACUCCAGCGGUUCCCAGGUGAUGAUGAACUCUGACUCCUCAGAAACGGAGCAGUCCGGACGUGGCGAGGGCCACAGGCAGAUGGUGAAGUAUUCCCCGCACGGCUCCCUAUCAGACAUGUCUGACGGAUCCUCCAGGGACAGCCCCGAGCCGCUUCCAUUUGAGAUCAAACAGGAAGGCGAUAGGCUGGAGAUGGACAUUGCCAAUGGCAACACCACCGCCCAGAUCAUGUUCAACAUCCACAGUGGUCAGGUCUCCGAGCCCAUUCACCACCAGAUCCAGCAGCAUUCUCAGGAGCUGGAGGCCGCAUAUCACAGCCAACACCAGCAGCACCAACAACAACAGGAACAACACCAUCAGGAGCCUGUGACCGCUAUCAACACCGCCAGCCAGCCUCCCCCCCACCAACCUGCUGCCCAGAGGAGCGUCAUUCUGUACGGCUCCAGCAGCGCAUCCUAUCCUGUGGACGCCCUGAUGAGGCACCAGGACGUUGAUGUGCCAGCAGCCCAGAAGCAGAGUGCCGACAGCCAGCCCAGUUGGCUGCCCCAGUUCAUGACAGAGAGCUCCACGGAGACACUGGCUGAGGUCACCAAGCAGCUGGAGAUGAAGACGUUACACUCCCCUACGUAUGAGCUCCCAUACAUCCGAGACGAGGCCAGAGAGAGAAAGGGGCAUGGGGUUUGCCAACCCCCCCAGCAGCAGCAACAACAGCAAGAGAGAGAUUUGGCUGCAGAGGUCCUCCACAAACAGGUGGAGGAGGUCAACCACCCCUACCUGUAUCACUCUCAUCAGCAGCCCCAUCACUCAUAUCUCAGUGGCCAAGAUGAAGAGCCACCGGUGCUCACCUACGAGGGCGGACGCGGGGAUGGGGCUUACUACAGAGGCCCGUCGCACCCCAAGGACACAUCAUCCAGCGAAGGAGAUCCUCGCAGCUCUGACAAAGACGCGUCCACGGACGAUGAAGAAUUCCCGGCCUCCUCUUUCUCAGACACGGUCGGCUACCACGGCCAACUUCUCACUAGCCACCACUGUCCGGCCUCGCCUCUGCCCCCCCCCUCCCAGGCCCAGUGUCGGGAUCCCCAGGUGGAGGUAAAGGGCACGGCGUUGCCCCACAAAUUGCGACUCAAACACAGAGCCAUGAGCACCGGGGGCAACUGCGAGGGCCAAGAAUCCCCGAUAACCCCUCUGUCUGCCACGCCGCCCCCCCUGCCCCAGCACCCCUACUUGUCCCUCAUGUCGCAGCAGAACAUACUGCAAGAGAGCCAGGUCCGAGGCUUCAGGCAGGCGGCCUCGGCGGAAGGGGGCAGGACAGAGAGCGGGAGAAAGGAGACAGGGGGCCGACGGAACAAGAGGCGAGAUUAGGCUGCAGUGACUUUUGAGAAAUUGUCACGGAAAAAGACUGAGUCUCCUCUAAAUACCCUGAACAUGCCUUUGCCCUAUAAUGAAACCCCCCCCUCCCCGAGCCCUUGGGACCUCUCUACGUCCUUAUGCCCGGCAUCCCCAAAAAAGAUGGACAUUAUGUGGGGCUGUAUCAUAUUUGUAUAUAUUGUACAGAUUUAGUCAUUUCUUACAUCCUCCACAUACUUACAGAAGCACUUUUUUAUGCGAUGAGAGGAGGAAUGGAACGGAUUUUCUACUUUUGUCGUUUAACAAAAUCCGCAGAGCAUAUCAACGUUUUGAUCACAAACACGAAUGCAGGACGAGGAAAUGUUCUGAGCUUUAUCAGUACUCCAAAAUUGGUACACAUCUGACUGUAAACAAAGCAUACACAUGUGUGGCUAUCUGCCUUAAUCUAAUGCAAAUGUACAUUGGGGACAUUCCCUCGACCAAAGAGACACUGACACUACAAACAUUGAGUUCCAUACCUCUUCCCAGACCCUACCUCUACCAACCCACGCUCCCCUGCCAUCUCCAUUAAUUCACUAAAUGUUGCAGUCACCUUUAUUUUUUUGAAGCACUUGGUUUGUAUAUUACUGUGAUAUAUGAAUAUAUGUAUCUAUUAUAAAUAUAUAUUUUACAGAUAAAUUUGAAUACAAAUUCAACAAAAACAUUAACAGUGGUUAAAAAACGUGACCAUCCUAUUAUGAAUCACAAUUGACGUACCUCCACGUUUGCUACGGGGCUCAUUAGAAUUGUUAAUAAGCGUAAAAAGCUUUCUUGAUUGUUCAGCCUUGCAUUACUCAUUCGUUAAUGCCUUGUUUACACGAAAAUGGCGGUCCGGUUUGGAGCUGCAACGGCAUUCAAACGGACGACGCUUCGGUAAAACGUUUGGACUGCUUAACCUUUAACCAGCCUUUACAAAUGUGGUGGAACCCACCAGCUGCAGGCUGCAAGCCUCUACUUUAUUUUAGCUUUAUCACCCAUAUCUUGUUGUUGUUGUUGUUGUUGUCGUUUCCAUUCCCUGGCCCAAUGUAUUUAUUUCCUCUUUCCGACACGACCGUCUCUGUCAAAAAGCCCACAGGAACAUAGACGGAGAACAUGUACAGACAGUACAGUGCAGUAGCACAUCGAGAUGAGUCUCCCAGAUGGAGGAGUUAUUGUGAAACUAAAGCUAAUGCAAAACCGAAAUGAUCCAAUUCCUCCAAUUUGUGCCAGACCUUCAAUUUGUGAAGAAAAAGGCCUCCCUCGUGCCUCCAUUAAUCAUUUCAGGUGGCAUUCGAUAGUUCUGCUGCCUGCACAGAAUCCUAUUUUAGCAAAAUGAUAUGUACCAUUUGGCUUUUUGAUGAUUGUGUAUAAAUUUAAAGUGUCCCCCUCCCUCUUGAAAGACACUGUAAUGUUUAUUUCAUGGUUUUAUAUCAGGUUCUUUUUGUCAAGGUGUUGUUCUGUUUUCUCUACACUGUAUGUUUUCCAAUUGACUGUGAUGACAUGUAAUUGCCUCAUUCCCCUUCCCCAACCACCUUUUUUUCAGUGUGUAUUAAUCAGUACCUUUUGUGGUUUUGCAAAACUACGAGGAGAGAAGAAAAAAUGAGUGAAGAUAGUGUGGUCUUUAGAGAUGGGUGGUGGUUGGUCAUUACCAUAGCUUUCUUUUGACAUGAAUAUGUAUGUAAAGACACUAAUGUUCAUUGUCCAAGAUGGCAGCAUUUCAAGGCCGGUAAAUAAAAGAAUGUUGACGCUAUCAACAUAUCAUGAAAA